AUGCAGCUCGUAGAGGCUGUUAGUUCGGCGUCCAAGAGCUCAAUCACGGUGCAUCUGCCUCGCGGAAGCUCAGCGUUCAAGAUCUACAAACCUAUUCUCACCGAAUUAUACAAACGACUUGACGGCAUCCAGAAGUUCCCGAUUUUCACGAAGGACGCAUCGCAGCCGGGCGUCGUUGUCUGCAAGAAAGGCCCCGAGAGCGAACCUGUAGCGAUUAGUUUGAGCCGUCAAAUUGACGGGAUCUUCACCACGAAGGAGAAGGUGCAGCGGAUGAUGACGGGCCAUAUCGAGACGCUGUCCCCUCCUGUCCGCAACACCGAGAAAAUUGCGCAGAUGUACCACAACAUCAGGCCCUACGUUCCUGCUGAAUUUCAGAGCGAUCCCCUCUACGCCAAGCCUAGCGAGCAGGAAGGAGAAGAUGCCAAGUCACGGAAACAAGCACGACGUGAGCAUCGCGCGGCAAUGGCCGUGGCGGCUAAGGCUAACCAAGACCAGCGUGGUAUCACGGAGGCUGUUGCGACGAAAAAGAACCCAGCAAAGAAGAGGGCUACUGCAGCAAAGAAGACGCAAAAGAACAAGAAACACAAAGCUACUGCGGAUCUGCCUGCUGAGCAAGAAGAGGCAGCCCAAGAUUGUAGUCGAUCAUUAUGA